CGAAGAUGAAAGACAAUAGUGAAGGUGUUUUAUCGUCCCAACGACUACAAUCACCACCAUAAACCCUCAAACUUCAAUCUCUGAAUCUCCAUAUUCUUAGCCACUGUCCAAACGACUGUAACUUACCUUCCUCCGCUCUUAUCAAAUGAACCUAGGGAGAUUCGAUCUUCUCUUAACCGGUUCCUCUUUGGUACGGUAGGGUUUUCCUUUAAUUUUUGGUACGGUGUUUACAGUGAGCCAGGUGAAGAAAUGAGGAUUGUAGGAUUGACAGGUGGAAUCGCAUCAGGGAAGAGUACGGUUUCCAAUCUCUUCAAGGUCCAUGGCAUCCCCGUCGUCGACGCGGAUCUCGUUGCUCGCGUGAGUGAUGUAUUGAAGGAAGGUAGUGGAGGUUGGAGGAAGGUUGUUGCAGCAUUUGGAAAUGAAAUUUUGCUUGAUAAUGGUGAAGUUGACCGGGCAAAAUUGGGUCAGAUUGUAUUUUCUGAUCCGGGCAAACGCCAACUGCUCAACCGGCUACUGGCCCCUUUUAUAUCAUCUGGUAUUUUUUGGGAAGUUUUCAAGCUAUGGAUGAAGGGGUUCAAGGUUAUUGUUCUUGAUGUCCCUUUGUUGUUUGAGGCCAAGAUGGACGGCUGGACAAAACCCAUUAUUGUUGUAUGGGUUGAUCCUGAAACACAACUUCAGCGACUGUUGGCAAGGGAUAGAACAUCUGAGGAGGAUGCCAGAAACAGGAUAAAUGCCCAGAUGUCACUGGAUUUGAAGAGGAGCAAGGCAGACAUAGUAAUCGAUAACACUGGGUCACUGGAGGAUCUGAAUGAACAGUUCCAGAAUGUAUUAUUUCAGGUCAAAAGGCCCUUGACAUGGACUGAAUUUGGGCUUUCAAGGCAGGGAGCUUUUUCAGUUCUUCUUUCUGUUACUAUAGGUGUUCUCAUAUGCAGAAAAUUUUAUAAUAAUGGUUUAUAGCUGUUAUAUGUACCUGAGACUUUUAAUAUCUGAGAUUGCUGGUGUAUUUCAUGUAACUCUAUUUGUGUUUCAUUUCAAAGGGCUGUAUCUUUGAUCUUUCUUGGAAAUGAAAGUUCUUGAUUGAGAGGUUGUCAAUUUGAUUGAAA